AUGAGGUCUUUAGAGCCGUCUUCGGCAGGCUCCCCUGAGACCGCCCUCCAGCGAGUCGACCAAACACAGCCUGUGUCGUUGGCCCUGCCUUUUGGCCGCCCAAUUCCCUUCUCUUCAAUCGGCGGCCCGACCUAUGUGACAGCGCAGACUCUGGUUCAACAUGUUGCCUACGCUCUAUCCGACAAGUUAUUUGCCUACUCUCCAGAAACCUUUGGGCUCGAUGCUGCCGUGAGAGAGUGGUUCUCCCAAUCCGAAGCAAACGCCAAUGGCUAUCCAACAACUGUGCAGGCAAUGGAAACGCGGCAAGGUGCUGGUGCCAUUGCUCUAGGAUACAUUUUCUCCAAAGACUUUGACCUCAAGAAACGCCAUAUUCCUCAGUCGAUAAUAGCAUCUUCUGCUACAUUGCAGUAUAUGCGGCCUGCCUUGGAGCAGCUGUCUUUGCUUUACUCGGUAGCGAACCCGCUUGUGGCUCAUAUUGCCGCAGCCGACUAUAUUGGCGGACCUACCAGUGGACUCGUUUCAGAUUAUGCCACAGCUAUGAGUUUGGUAGAGGACUUGGGUAUGGGCCUAGUUGCUAGUCAGUCCGCACAUGAAUCGCAGCACAUGGCAUUGCUUUCGACGCUUCUGGCAACCCACCUUCCCACUGUCCAUAUCUACGAUGGGGUUCGGGUCGGUCGGGAGACGACCAGAGUUGUUGAUACGCUUGAUCAGCCUGGUCUUUACAAUGCAUACAAGUCUGUGCUCGCAGGACUGUCUGGAUCUGACCAAAAGCAUCUGGAUGAUCAGGGCAAACUUCUAAGCUUGCUGAAGGCUUUCAACAACGGACUUGGUACUGAUUAUGCGCCGUUCGAAUAUCAUGGCCACCCCGAAGCAACCUCUGUUCUCGUGACUUUUGGCUCAAUCGAAUCCUCGUUAGCCAAGCAGGUUGCUACUCGUUUAGCAGAACAGGGUUCACGUAUUGGUGUUGUCAAUGUGCGCAUCUACCGUCCUUUUGUCGAAGAUGAAUUCAUCAGGUCCCUUCCCAAGUCUGUUCGGAACAUUGGUGUCCUGGGCCAGGUGCAAAGUGAUUUGGCAGUUCAAGAGGAUGGCAUGCACGCCACGCUUUACGAAGAUGUACUUGCUACUUUAACCUUCAGCAGUGAAAUUCACCUUCGCCAGGGCUGCACUGAGAUCAAGUACUCGCCUCAGGACACUUGGAAUAUCCCCAAAAUUACCGCAGCCUUCCAAAAGGUCGUUGAACAGCCACUUCUCCAGGCCGAAGAAAUCGAAGCCGGUGUCUUACAGCUGUUGGAUCCUUCAAUCCAGCAGUAUACCUUUUGGCACGUCGAUAACGACUUUUCGAGCUCCGCCGCCCUCGUUCUUGCCCAAGCCCUUGCGAAAGAUUCAUCUUUGAAUGUUUCAAGCAACACGACCUACGAUAAUCUAAUACUUGGAGGCGUCCUCCGUACUGAUAUUCGAAAGGGUUCGAGAGUAAGCGACGCUCCAUAUCCUGUGAACUCCGCAGAUGUUUCCUAUGUUGGUGAUAUCCGCCUUCUAUCGCAAGUGCAAGUGUUAGCAAGCCUCAAAGCCGGCGGACGAAUAAUUAUCAAUGCUCCGGGCGUCAACGACGAAGAUAUCGAAAAACGACUACCGGCAUCGUUUAAAAGUGCCGUUGCACAGCAAGGUGUCGAGUUGUUCAUCCUGAACACAAUAGACUGCCAAGAUCCUAGCCUCGAGCCCUUGGCUUUACAAGCUGCUUUCCUACGUGUCGCACUCCCCGAUCUAGAGCCGGUUGGCCUGCAAAAAUUAGCUUCGUUUCUCAAAAAUGAUGAUGCUGUUGAGAAUAUUGCCGCAAACGUCGAAAACAUGCUUCGAAAAAUCGAGAUCGCUGAGUCGUGGAAGGUUGUUGAGGAUGCAGCUUAUGAAACCGAGCAGCUCCCAAUCGAUAUUCGCGGUACUAGCUUCGCGUCAUUCGACAAGGCCGAAAUCCAACCAUCAUCCCAACUCGAAGGCUGGCAAACGAUUGCAAAGAGCCUUUGCUUCAAGGAAGCCUAUGGAACGGCAAACUCGCUACGCCCCGAUCUCUCAACAAAGACAUUCACAGUAACCGUUCAGGAAAACCGAAGACUCACACCCGUCACCUACAACCGAAAUAUCUUCCAUAUUGAGUUUGAUCUUGGCGACUCUGGUCUCAAAUAUGAUAUUGGUGAAGCGCUUGGUAUUCACGCUGAGAACAAUCCCGAGCAUGUUCAUGACUUCAUCAAGUUCUAUAAUUUGGACCCCAAGGAAAUUGUCCAACUUCCCUCCCGCGAGAACUCAGAAGUUUUGGAAAGCCGGACCGUUUACCAAGCUCUCACGCAUAAUCUCGACAUUUUUGGAAAGCCACCAAAACGCUUUUAUGAAUCUUUGGCCGAAUUUGCAACUGAUCCGAAGGAGAAGGACCAGUUGGUGAAGCUGGGCGGAACCGACGGCGCAGAGGAAUUCAAGCAACGAUCUGAAGUCGACACGGUGACGUAUGCUGAUAUCCUCCAAGAGUUCCCAUCAGCUCAUCCCAGUUUCCACAAUCUUGUCAAGAUUGUAUCCCCCAUGAAAAGACGAGAGUACUCCAUCGCUUCUUGUCAAAAGGUUACACCGAAAUCCGUUGCCUUGAUGAUUGUUGUUGUCGACUGGGUUGACCCCAGAGGCAGAGCCCGUUAUGGACAGGCGUCUUACUAUCUGAGCAAACUGAAGGUCGGCACAACCCUCACAGUCAGUGUCAAGCCAAGUGUCAUGAAAUUGCCGCCAAAAUCCACACAGCCGAUCAUCAUGGCCGGUCUCGGAACUGGCCUCGCUCCAUUCCGUGCCUUUGUUCAGCACCGUGCCCUCGAGAAAGCACAAGGCAAAGAAGUCGGCGCUGUUCUUCUUUAUAUGGGUUCUCGCCACCAGCGUGAAGAGUACUGCUACGGAGAGGAGUGGGAGGCUUAUCAAGCUGCUGGAGUGAUCACACUGCUAGGCAGGGCCUUUUCCCGUGAUCAGCCGCACAAGAUCUAUAUCCAAGAUCGGAUGCGUGAAACUCUGCCCGAAAUCACACGGGCAUACCUGCAUGAAGAAGGUGCUUUUUAUCUUUGCGGCCCAACAUGGCCUGUUCCUGACGUGACGAGCGUCUUGGAAGAGGCAAUCGGGAUUCAUGCGAAGGCGAAUGGCAGGAAGGUAGAUACAAGAAAGGAGAUUGAGAAGCUGAAGGACGACUUGAGAUAUGUUUUGGAAGUUUACUAG